AUGUAUAUCCACAACGAACUUGGUUGCGGCAAGGGCGACUGUGACCGACACGCUUCGCAUCUCAAACGAAUCAGAGAUCGGUAUUUGGAUGGCAUAAUAGCAGAGGAAGAGGACGAGGCUGACGACGAAGACAAGAAGGCAAAAGUUGAUGGAAACGGUGAGGGAUUAGUUGUCAUAUACGAAGAUACUCAAAAGGAUCAGUUCAAUCAGAUCUGCAAGAGCGAGGGUAUGGUUCCUAAAAACGACGGGUUUGAGUGCUGCCAGUGGAGUAAACAGUGUGGAUUUGGUUCCGACGGUCAAUACAUCCCCAAGUGCAUGGUGAGCAAUUGUUGCAAGGAGCAGGGAUCGAACCCCAGACCCGAGCCCACCAACCCCAGACCCGAACCCACCAACCCCGGACCCGAACCCACCAACCCCGGACCCGAACCCACUAACCCACCUCAGUCCGAUAAUAUCCGUACAUGCGGUAGCAGAAACAUUCAGUGUGAUGCUUCUAAGGACAUGAUCAUCAACUUCCUCAAGGAGUGCUGCAAGGAAGAAGGCAAAUGCGGAAACCUAGAGAAAUGUAGCGAGGACACUUGUUGCAUGCUUGAGGCAGAUCUUCCCCCAUAUGUGAUGACUUGUGAAACUAAGCUUGAUGUCAACGAGAAUGCAUUCAAAUGCGAUGCUGGGGACGAUGUGCGAACAGACGGUUUCCUAUGCUGCCAAUGGACCCCUAGGGACACCUGGAAGACAAUCGAAUGUGCACCUUUCGGAGCCACCAUUAAGUGUCUCGAAAGAAGUUGUUGCGUAAGAGACGAGUAA